AUGAAGAAAGCAAGCAGGAGUGUCGGCUCAGUGCCUAAGGUGUCUGGGAUAAGCAAACCGCAAACCGUGGAAAAGACCAAACCCGAGAACAGCUCUUCAGCGUCUGCAGGCGGCAAACUGGCCAAACCCGGGGCGGCGGCGGCGCUGUCAAAGACCAAGAGCAGCGAUGACCUGCUGGCUGGCAUGGCUGGAGGGGUGAGCGUGACGAACGGAGUCAAAGGGAAGAAGAGCAACUGCCCUUCGUCAGCGUCUUCGGCCUCGGCCCCCGCCAUGACCUCCGUGGAGAACAAGCCCAAAGGCAGCGCAGGCACAACUUCUUCAACCAAGCGUAGCGCAUCCGCGGGCAAUAAAGAAUCCAGUUCCGCCAGAGAAAGGCCCCGGGAGCGGCCCCGGGCGAACCCGAGCAGAAAGCUGUCGUCCGCGGGCCAGGGGGCCGGGGACGCGGCCCUGACCAAGCGCUCCCGCAGCCGCGCGGCCGCCGAGGGCGACGUCCGCAUGAGCAAGUCCAAGUCGGACAAUCAGAUCAGCGACAGGGCCGCCCUGGAGGCCAAAGUGAAGGACCUGCUCUCGCUGGCCAAGACCAAGGACGUGGAGAUCCUGCACCUGCGGAGCGAGCUCCGGGACAUGCGCGCCCAGCUGGGCCUCGGCGAGGAGCACUCCGAGGGCGAGGAGCAGGCCGAGGAGAAGGAGGCCCUGGCCGCCCCCCCGCCCACCGACGUGGAGUCCACGCUGCUGCAGCUGCAGGAGCAGAACGCGGCCAUCAGGGAGGAGCUCAACCAGCUCAAGAACGAGAACAGGAUGCUGAAGGACAGGCUGAACGCGCUGGGCUUCUCCCUGGAGCAGAGGCUGGACAACUCGGAGAAGCUGUUCGGCUACCAGUCCCUGAGCCCCGAGAUGGCCCCCGGGAGCCAGAGCGACGGCGGGGGCACGCUCACCUCCUCGGUGGAAGGCUCCGCCCCGGGCUCCGUGGAGGACCUUCUGAGCCAGGACGAAAACACCCUCAUGGACCAUCAGCACAGCAACUCCAUGGACAACCUGGACAGCGAGUCCAGCGAGGUGUACCCGCCGCUCACCUCGAGCGACGACGCCCUGGACGCGCCCUCGUCCUCCGAGUCGGAGGGCGCGCCGAGCACCGAGCGCUCCCGCAAGGGGAGCAGCGGGAACGCCAGCGAGGUGUCCGUGGCCUGCCUGACGGAGCGCAUCCACCAGAUGGAGGAGAACCAGCACAGCACGAGCGAGGAGCUGCAGGCCACGCUGCAGGAGCUGGCCGACCUGCAGCAGAUCACCCAGGAGCUCAACAGCGAGAACGAGCGGCUGGGCGAGGAGAAGGUCAUCCUCAUGGAGUCCCUGUGCCAGCAGAGCGACAAGCUGGAGCACUUCGGCCGGCAGAUCGAGUACUUCCGCUCCCUCCUGGACGAGCGCCACGUCGCCUACGUGGUCGACGAGGACGUCAAGAGCGGCCGCUACCUGGAGCUGGAGCAGCGCUACGUGGACCUGGCGGAGAACGGCCGCUUCGAGCGGGAGCAGCUGCUGGGCGUCCAGCAGCACCUGAGCAACACCCUGAAGAUGGCGGAGCAGGACAACAAGGAGGCCCAGGAGAUGAUCGGGGCCCUCAAGGAGCGCAACCACCACAUGGAGCGCCUCGUGGAGUCGGAGCAGAAGGGGAAGGCGGCCCUGGCGGCCGCGCUGGAGGAGUACAAGGCCACCGUGGCCGGCGACCAGAUCGAGAUGAACCGCCUCAAGGCCCAGCUGGAGAACGAGAAGCAGAAGGUGGCGGAGCUGUACUCCAUCCACAACGCGGGAGACAAGACCGAUAUCCAGGAUCUCCUGGAGAGCGUGCGGCUGGACAAGGAGAAAGCAGAGGCCCUGGCCAGCAGCCUGCAGGAGGACCUGGCUCACACCCGCAACGAUGCCAAUCGGCUGCAGGACGCCAUCGCCAAGGUAGAAGACGAAUACAGAGCCUUCCAAGAAGAAGCUAAGAAGCAGAUAGAAGACCUGAACACGACAUUGGAAAAAUUAAGAUCGGAGCUCGAAGAAAAGGAGACGGAAAGGAGUGACAUGAAAGAGACCAUUUUUGAGCUCGAAGACGAAGUGGAGCAGCAUCGAGCCGUGAAGCUGCAUGACAACCUCAUCCUUUCCGACUUAGAGAACACGGUUAAGAAACUCCAGGACCAGAAACAUGACAUGGAAAGAGAAAUCAAGACCCUGCACAGGAGGCUUCGGGAGGAGUCUGCGGAAUGGCGGCAGUUCCAGGCUGACCUCCAGACGGCAGUGGUCAUUGCCAACGACAUAAAGUCGGAAGCCCAGGAGGAGAUUGGGGACCUGAAGCGCCGGCUACACGAGGCUCAGGAGAAAAACGAGAAGCUCACAAAGGAGCUGGAAGAAAUAAAGUCCCGCAAGCAGGAGGAGGAGCGAGGCCGGGUGUACAACUACAUGAACGCUGUGGAGAGAGACCUGGCGGCCCUGAGGCAGGGCAUGGGGCUGAGCAGAAGGUCCUCCACCUCCUCUGAGCCCACCCCCACGGUCAAAACCCUCAUCAAGUCCUUCGACAGCGCGUCCCAAGUACCGAGCCCCAACGCGGCCGCAAUGCCCCGCACCCCUCUGAGCCCGAGUCCAAUGAAGACACCGCCCGCAGCCGCCGUCUCCCCCAUGCAGAGACAUUCCAUAAGCGGACCGAUUUCCACGUCCAAACCCCUGGCUUCCCUGGCGGAUAAGAGACCAAACUACGGGGAACUCCCCGUGCAAGAGCACCUGCUGAGGACGCCCUCCACCAGCCGCCCGGCCGCGCUGCCCCGAGUGCCCGCCAUGGAGACGGCCAAGGCCAUCUCAGUGUCCCGGCGAAGCAGCGAAGAGAUGAAGCGGGACAUGUCUGCGCCCGAGGGCGCGUCGCCAGCCUCGCUCAUGGCCAUGGGCACCACGCCCCCGCAGCUCUCCCUGUCCUCGUCCCCCACGGCCUCCGUGACGCCCACCACCCGCAGCCGCAUCAGGGAAGAAAGGAAGGACCCGCUCUCCGCCCUGGCCCGCGAGUAUGGCGGCUCCAAGAGGAACGCCCUGCUGAAGUGGUGCCAGAAGAAAACCGAAGGCUACCAGAACAUCGACAUCACCAACUUCAGCAGCAGCUGGAACGACGGGCUGGCCUUCUGCGCGCUCCUGCACACGUACCUGCCGGCGCACAUCCCCUACCAGGAGCUCAACAGCCAGGACAAGCGAAGGAACUUCACGCUGGCCUUCCAGGCGGCGGAGAGUGUCGGCAUCAAGUCCACCCUGGACAUCAGCGAGAUGGUGCGCACCGAGCGGCCGGACUGGCAGAACGUGAUGCUGUACGUGACGGCCAUCUACAAGUACUUCGAGACCUGA